AUGCAGAUCGAUCCCGCCGCGCUGACUGGGACAAACUCCAGCUCAACAUCAUCUACUGUACCUGCAAUCAAACACCCCAUUGCACCGCCUCCGGUAACUACGCAAAAGACGGCAAAGGCUCUCAUUUCAGUUCCGCGCCUGGAUCUUGAGCCUGUUUACACUGAGUUAAAGGCCGCCAUCGGCAUACACUGGACCGAGUAUAAGGAGACUAUAGCUCUUUUUCUCAUUGGCCACCUGAACCAGAAUGAAUUCGCUUUGCGAGUCGACCAUUUUCUCUCUUCCGACCCUAAGAUUGAACACCUCCAUAACAACUUCGUAUGCGCAAUUAUUGGCAAUCUCACGAGGGAUCUCCCGGACCAUGGUGUUGCGAGCUGGGUUUCCGCGAAUGAUAAACCGACAGUUGUAUCAAAACCCGUAUCGGGUGACGCGGCGGAACAGCGCCUUAAGACGGAGAUCAAACAGCUACCCCCUAAGGAGAGACGGAGAUUAAAAGCUAUUCCUGAGCCGGACCCUCACUCCAUACCUAACCCACUUGAAGAGUAUCACCAGGCCAAGCAGAUUCGGCUUCCGGACCAAAUACCUGCAAGUGCGGGAGGGCUGAACAAAACAAACUGGGAACUUGAAAUUCGGAAGCGUUAUGCUCAACCUCUAGCCUCCGAAAUUGGGGAAUUUCCAGACGCAGAUUCGAUAUUUGCGCGCAUGGUUCCUAUAUGCUACGAAGAGUCCGUGGUUAAUGGGGCUUCAUUCCCAUGCGCAGUGUUUAUGUCAAUAGCAACUGAGAAUUUUGUCAAGGAGUUCCUCUCAACCGUGUUUUCAAGAACAAGAUUAAAUGGACCUUCGGGAACAAUCAAUGGAACCAUGACACGGAAAUAUCGGCGGCAGCUAGAGCGGGAGGAGAUGGCGUUCACCCGGGGAGAGCUGGUGAAGCAUUCAACAAGCGGUUUCCUCCCCGUUGAAGCCAAGGAAGCAAGCACAAGACAGGCACUUGGUGUUCCGGACUUAAGACUAGCCCUGGAACUUGGCGGUGGUUUGUUGGGACACAUGCCACUGGUUGUUGAUGAGAUAUUAGGCGGAUACGUCGAGGAGGAACUUGAGGCUGAACGACAAGACUACAUGGAAAGCAUCAGCCAGAUAAGCAAUAACGUAAAUGGUGUCGAUGGCUUCUCUGAUGAAAUGGACACUGAUGAAGCUGAUUGGGACUGGGAUGGAGCGAGUUCCAAGGAUCGAAUGCAACUGGCAAAUCUCCUUGAUGAUUGCCUUUCCAUGGCUGCGUAA